GUUAAACCAUCGGUAGAAAUGUGUUCAUGCAUGGUUGAUCUGUUCGGGCGGUCUGGGCAGCUGGACCGUGCACUUGAGUUUAUCAACUCUAUGCCUGUGGGACCCGGUCCGAGCAUCUGGGGGGCCCUCUUGAACGCAUCCACACUACAUGGGCACAAUGAGAUGCGCGAAUUGUCAUACAAGUUUCUUGUUCAGAUGGAACCGGAGAAUCCAUCGAAUUAUGUUUCCCUUUCAAACUUAUAUGCUUCUUCCCAGAGAUGGGAUGUUGUUUCAGAAGUGAGAAGGUUGAUGAAGGAGAGAGGAAUGAAGAAAUUGCCUGGCUGUAGUUGGAUUGACAUCAAGAGAGAAACUCAUUGCUUUUAUAUUGCUGACAAGGCACAUCCCUGCUGUGAUAUGAUUUAUGAGAGGUUGGUUGAACUUAGUUCAAUGAUGAAGCAAGCUGGUUUGGAGCCUGCGUUUGAGAGUGGAAUAACGUUGUGUGAAUGAUGACUUGAUCUACUAAUGAGCUCCGUGAAUGCUUGAUGGAAGCUUGAGGGAAGCUCCUUAUUGUGAUAAAAAUAAUUCAUUAUCUGCACACCGACACGCUUGUUACAAGGUUAGUGAGCGUGAAAACCAAAUCUAUAGCUUUGGAGCUGACUGGAAGGACUUGGUUUUAAAAAAGGGAAAUCAAAGCCGCUGAGAUUGGUAAAAGGAAACAUCUUAACAUUGAGGAGAUUAUGUGCAAUAUCUAUACACACAUUUGAUAAAAGAUCUGUUUUGCAGAGUCAUUUGGAGACAUCAAUUACUCGGCACAGGGCACAUAUAAUGAAGCUAGAAUUGAUUUUUAUUUUUAAAGAUACUGGAUUAUGAUGAAUCGAGUUCAGAGCAAGUCAAUGGGGUGAAAAAUUUCCUGGGCGACUAUGUGGAACACAAUCAAUCUGCACUUGUUUAUUAAGAUUAAUGUGUAUAAAAAGUUUUCUAUUUAUGCCUAUAAUAAUGUUGAUGGCAUGUUUUUAAAGUAAAUGAGGCUGGCAUGUUUCUUGACCCCAAUAUCUUUUGGGACUAAGGCUUGGAUGUUGUUGUUGUUGUAAAUGAUGACAGCAUGUUAUUCGAUGAAUUUUGGUAAUUACAUAAAUGAGUUGUUAUGUGCUCUUUAA